UAGUAAUUACGAAUCCAUCUGGGAAUGGGGUUGUAACGGCGUCAGAUUGAGUAAGACGAGUUGAAGAGAAGCUCUUCUUCUCGAGCCGGUUUAAGAACUUCAGUCUCCUCUUUCCAGCGAGCUUCAUCAUCGAAAGGGCUUUGGUCAUCACGUAAACUUGAAGGGAAAAACAACUCAUGGAUGCUUCAGAGCGUAGGUACUUGGAGGAUGAUGAUACGUCAUUAAUGAAAACGAUUAAAGGUGCAACUACAGGAUUUGUUGCUGGGACAAUUUUUGGGACAAUUGCUGCCACUUGGUAUGAUGUGCCCCGUGUUGAGAGGAAUGUUGCUCUGCCUGGGCUUGUGAGGACAUUGAAAAUGAUGGGAAACUAUGGAAUGACAUUUGCUGCUAUUGGAGGGGUAUACAUUGGCGUUGAGCAGCUUGUGCAGAAUUAUAGAAUGAAGAGAGACUUCAUUAAUGGAGCUGUUGGUGGGUUUGCAGCUGGAGCAUCUGUUCUUGGAUAUAAAGGAAAAAGCAUUUCAACAGCCAUAUCUGCUGGAGCUGCUUUGGCAGUUACUUCUGCAGUAAUUGAUGUUGGUGGUCAGACCACAAGAAUUGACAAUGGCAAGGAGUACUAUCCCUACACCACCAAGAAAAGAUCCCACAUUGAGUAGCAUUAGUAAACUUUGCAGCAUAUUGGAAGAGAAGAAAUUGGUUGGCUUUCUCUUUUGGUUUUCCAGAGAUGUAAUUAUACUCUCAGUUUCUCUUUGAGUGAGCUUAACAGGGAGAUGGUUGUAUGAAUAAAAGGUACUGUCAAUUUGUUUGACUUGUUUUUGGUUAGUUUUGGGCUUACCACCAUUGAUAUAAGUUGGAAGCUUUUUACUAGCAAUUUGGGAUAUGAAUAUCAAAGUGGUUGGGAGAAAUUGUCAAUGGUACUCUGUUUUUCCUU